ACAUUCAAAGUUCGUCAUCAUGAAUUUCGACUCUUGGGGACUGGGCUGAGGACGGGGUGGUACUGCUCCUGGCAGGGCCAGAGGUGGACGGGGAUUGAAAAGGGGGUUCAAGGCAGCAGAUCUAUGGUUCAGACGCCAUGGAGUUGGUGCUGGUCUUCCUCUGCAGCCUGCUGGCCCCCACGGUCCUGGCCAGUGCAGCUGAAAAGGAGAAGGAAAUGGACCCUUUUCAUUAUGAUUACCAGACCCUGAGGAUUGGGGGACUGGUGUUCGCUGUGGUCCUCUUCUCGGUUGGGAUCCUCCUUAUCCUAAGUCGCAGGUGCAAGUGCAGUUUCAAUCAGAAGCCCCGGGCCCCAGGAGAUGAGGAAGCCCAGGUGGAGAACCUCAUCACCGCCAAUGCAACAGAGCCCCAGAAAGCAGAGAACUGAAGUGCAGCCAUCAGGUGGAAGCCUCUGGAACCUGAGGCCGCUGCUUGAACCUUUGGAUGCAAAUGUCGAUGCUUAAGAAAACUGGCCACUUCAGCAACAGCCCUUUCCCCAGGAGAAGCCAAGAACUUGUGUGUCCCCCACCCUAUCCCCUCUAACACCAUUCCUCCACCUGAUGAUGCAACUAACACUUGCCUCCCCACUGCAGCCUGCGGUCCUGCCCACCUCCUGUGAUGUGUGUGUGUGUGUGUGUGUGUGUGAGUGUGUGUGUUUGCUAACUGUGGUCUUUGUGGCUACUUGUUCGUGGAUGGUAUUGUGUUUGUUAGUGAACUGUGGACUCGCUUUCCCAGGCAGGGGCUGAGCCACAUGGCCAUCUGCUCCUCCCUGCCCCCAUGGCCCUCCAUCACCUUCUGUUCCUAGGAGGCUGCUUGUUGCCCGAGACCAGCCCCCUCCCCUGAUUUAGGGAUGCGUAGGGUAAGAGCACGGGCAGUGGUCUUCAGUCGUCUUGGGACCUGGGAAGGUUUGCAGCACUUUGUCAUCAUUCUUCAUGGACUCCUUUCACUCCUUUAACAAAAACCUUGCUUCCUUAUCCCACCUGAUCCCAGUCUGAAGGUCUCUUAGCAACUGGAGAUACAAAGCAAGGAGCUGGUGAGCCCAGCGCUGACGUCAGGCAGGCUAUGCCCUUCCGUGGUUAAUUUCUUCCCAGGGGCUUCCACGAGGGGUCCCCAUCUGCCCCGCCCCUUCACAGAGCGCCUGGGGAUUCCAGGCCCAGGGCUUCUACUCUGCCCCUGGGGAAUGUGUCCCCUGCAUAUCUUCUCAGCAAUAACCCCAUGGGCUCUGGGACCCUACCCCUUCCAACCUUCCCUGCUUCUGAGACUUCAAUCUACAGCCCAGCUCAUCCAGAUGCAGACUCCAGUCCCUGCAAUUGGGUCUCUGGCAGGCAAUAGUUGAAGGACUCCUGUUCCAUUGGGGCCAGCACACCGGGAUGGAUGGAGGGAGAGCAGAGGCCUUUGCUUCUCUGCCCACGUCCCCUUAGAUGGGCAGCAGAGGCAACUCCCGCAUCCUUUGCUCUGCCUGUCGGUGGUCAGAGCGGUGAGCGAGGUGGGUUGGAGACUCAGCAGGCUCCGUGCAGCCCUUGGGAACAGUGAGAGGUUGAAGGUCAUAAUGAGAGUGGGAACUCAACCCAGAUCCUGCCCCUCCUGUCCUCUGUGUUCCCGCGGAAACCAACCAAACCGUGCGCUGUGACCCAUUGCUGUUCUCUGUAUCGUGAUCUAUCCUCAACAACAACAGAAAAAAGGAAUAAAAUAUCCUUUGUUUCCUA